UUCAAAUUAUUUCAUAUCCAUUUGAACAUCAGACGGUUUUCACUUUUUCAUAACUACUUCGCACAACCGCUUAGAAUAUUCGGAUUUGUAGACAGUUCCCCCACGUUUAAUCUCUAGUCGCCUUAUUAAGUGAUAAAUAACUAUUAAAUUUUUUUUUUAAACUAACUAAAGUGACUAUAAUUUCAAUGACUUGGUCAAUACUCGAGUGAUUAAUGUAUCACAAGUGCUUUUGAGAAUAUUUUGUGAAAAUGUCUGACGACGAUAAACGUUCUGAAUAUUUCAAUUCCGAUGUGGUUAGUUAUAGAACUCGAUUGGGCUCAGAGUUCUACAAUCAACCAUGUGAAGAAAUGGCAAAGAGCUUACUUGGUAAAAUACUUGUCAGACGAUUAGAUGACAGUGUUAUUGUUAGGGGUAGGAUUAUUGAAACUGAAAGUUAUCCAGGCGGUCAAGAUGUGGCUUCUCAUUCAUUUAAUGGAAAGGUGACGCCUCGAAAUGAACCAAUGUUCAUGAAACCGGGUACAGCAUAUGUUUAUUUGACGUAUGGGAUGUAUCAUUGUUUUAAUAUUUCUAGCAAAGGAGACGGUGCUGCUGUUUUGUUGAGAUCACUAGAGCCUUUAGAAAAUUUAGACACAAUGAUACGUUUAAGAAAAAUAUUCAGAAAAUGUCCGAAAACUGUGUUGAAGAGUAAAGAUUUAUGCAAUGGUCCAGCAAAAUUAUGUAUGAGUUUCGCAAUUGAUAUAAAAUCUUGCAACAAACAAGAUCUUACUACUUCCGAUAGACUUUGGGUAGAAGAAGAUGAAAAGAGUAGAUUUUUUGACACAAUAGUUUGCUCACCUAGGAUAGGUAUCAAGUGUGAAAAAGAAUGGCAAGAUAAGUUCCUCAGAUUUUAUGUCCUCAAUAAUACAUAUGUCAGCAAGUUAGAAAAAACUAAGAUGAACAUAUUGAAUUAUUCACAAACUGUAUAUCAUGUGCUGUGAUUCCUUUGAAUUUUAUUUAGAUACACAGUUAUUUUUAUAUUAGUUUACUCUUUGUAAAUAAUUUUUUUAUUUAU